ACUUUUCUGAGUUCUUGAAAUUGUCGCCUAUCAUAGCAAUGAAUAUACACUCAUCUUCACUUGUACACAAAUUCAAACAUGGGUUUAAUUCCCAUUGGGUUACUGCUCAUGGGGUUCAAGUUUCAGUUGCUGCUACUUUAUUAAGUAUUGCUGGUGGUUUGAUAUUUGCUAUAAAAGAUGGUGGAAAAAUCAGAGACAUCAUGGUAUCAGAAAAAAGUAGUUCAAAAAAAUAUUAUUUGACAGUACCUGGAUUGCAAAAUCUUAGUAACAAUUGCUUUUUGAAUGUUGUUUUACAGGCUUUAGCUAGCUGUAAGAGCUUUGGCAAAUUUCUUGAGCAAGUUGUGGAGGAAUGUGAGGGUUCAUCAAUGGAAGGAAGUAGAGACUUGCGGGUUAUUGCUGCUUUGGCUUCGCUUGUUGAAGAAUUAUGUACUGCGCGACAUGGAAGAACUGUUCUAAGUCCAAGGAGAUUGAUGCAUGCCAUGACUAGUCACAUUCCUGAUUUCAAUCUAACUAGCCAGCAGGAUGCAGAGGAAGCACUCUCCCAUCUUUUAUCUUCUUUAAGAGCCGAACUGUCAGAAUCUUAUGUUCAUGAUCACAGCUCUUUGGCGGACGUAAUUACACUUCCUAAUUGUAGGAUUGUUACACAAAGGAUGAAAGGAGAAAGUGAACAGGAGAGAUGGAGGCAGAGUUUUCUUGGGCCUUUUGAUGGGAUUCUUGGUAGUUUUUUAAACUGCCAAACUUGUUCGUUUCAGAUCUCUCUGGAUUUUCAGUUGUUUCAUAGCUUGCAUCUUGUGCCAGUGUCAAGCAGCGCUGGGGCUAUUAUGCCUGGGUGUUCCGUGGAGCAUUGCCUGAAGCAGUUCUUUGUUGCGGAACAACUUGAAAACUAUAAGUGCAGCCACUGUUGGCAUACUGCUGCCGUAAAGUAUGUCUCUGCCAUGGAUGAAAAUGAGGCUAUUGUUGAAAAACUUAAGCUGUGCAAUGAGGAAGAUUCAUGUGAUUGCAAACAGCUAGCGUGCCUUGCUAGAUUUCCAUGGUCAAAUAGCUUCUCACGCACUUUCAAGCAACUCAGUAUUGGCCGGAGUCCUAAGGUUCUAUGUCUUCAUUUACAACGUGCUUCUAUAAAUGUAUUUGGAGAACAGAACAAACUUCAGGGCCAUAUUUCAUUUCCAUUGAUUUUGGACUUGACUCCUUUCGUGAAAAAUGGAGUGGGAACAAAGAGUUGGGAAGAGAAUCUGCAAAUUGGGCAAAAAACGCAUCAACAGCAGCCUUUCCCUUUGUUCAAUAACUUAAAUCUGCAAGAUAAUAAGGAGAUGUUGACUUGCAUCACCCGAAGUGAAAGAAAAUUUUCAACAGAAGUAGAAGAUACGGCCGGUUUGCGUGUCUCAGAUACUUUUAGUAUUAAAGCACCAAAGUCAAAAUCAAGUUCGCUCGAGGCUGGAGGCUACAAGGAGAUCAGCUUAAAUCAGCUGCCUCCACAUUCUGGAAAUCAGGGUGAAACUUCCCGAAUAACACAUUCCAAAAGUCACAAGUACCGACUAGCCUCUGUGGUGCAGCACUUUGGAAUAGUUGGUAGUGGGCAUUACAACGUUUUCAGACGAGUGACAGCCAAAAUUGGUGAAGACAAUCAUGCUGGACUACUGGGAUCUGCUGUUGAUAAGUGGUUUUGCAUCUCAGACACCGACGUGUAUAUGGUCUCCGAGAGAGAUGUUCUUGAUGCUGAAGCAACCUUACUUUUCUAUGAAAAAGUUUCUGAUUGCUAAAUUUUUGUUGUGUUAUAGCUGUUUGUAGACUGUAGUAUAGCUUGAAUUGUAUAAUCUGUGGUAGGCUGGUAGCAACUCACAAAC